UAUCGCGAGAAUAUCUUCCACGGGCUUCCGGUAGCUCUUCGCGUACGGGAACAAGAGCAGCGUAUUGUUGUUCUUUCUUUUAAGCAGUCGUUUUGGAAAACUAGCGAGUUUGGAUUUGGAUGCUUGCUAUAUCUAUCGACCAAUUACAUUAAUACAAAGAUGUCGGAGGAACUGGUUAAACAGUUGAGCAGCUACAAAGCCCAGCUGCAGCAAGUGGAAGUUGCCUUAUCUACCGACCCAGACAAUGAAGACCUUCUUAAACUACAGAAAGACUUACAGGAAGUCAUUGAUUUGACAAAAGACCUCCUGGCCUCCCAACCCGCUGAUAGUACUUCCAAUACCAGUGGCUCAGACAUAGUUCCCCAGAAGCAUGGCUGGAAAGUGGGAGACCGGUGUAUGGCUGUGUGGAGUCGGGAUGGACAGGUGUAUGAGGCUGAGAUUGAGGAGAUAGACCGAGAGAACAGUACUGCUGCCGUUACCUUCAUUGAAUAUGGGAAUGCUGAAGUGAUUCCUCUCCAGAACCUCAAAGCAGUAGAGGAGGGGAAACGCUCUGAUGAGGAUGGGAGCAUGAAGCCAAAAUCAAGGAAAGAGCAGAUAGCAGAGCAGAGAGAGUAUAAGAAGAAGAAAGCCCAGAAGAAAGUACAGAGGAUGAAGGAGUUGGAGCAGGAGAGGGAGGAGCAAAAGUCAAAGUGGCAACAGUUCAACAACAAAGCCUACUCAAAGAACAAGAAAGGACAGGUAAAGAGGAGCAUAUUUGCAUCUCCAGAAAGUGUAAAUGGAAAAGUGGGAGUGGGAACAUGUGGCAUUGCAGACAAACCUAUGACCCAGUAUAACGACACGUCCAAAUACAAUGUCAGACAUCUAAUGCCGCAAUGACCUAAUAUAUUCUGUAUAUAAUAAUCCACUGUAUACUAGGUGUAUCUGUGCUUUCCAUUGUGUUUAUACAUGAUUUAAGUUUCUCCACUAAAGAAAGCCUUGAAAGUAAUUGCUUGCACACCAGUGUUUGAAAUAUUGUUGUAGUUUUCUUAUAUAUUAUGUAGGUACAACAACAACAAAAAUCCACAUAGAAAGGGAUUUUCCCUGCACUGGAAUUAGGUCAUUUGUUAUGUAAGAACAAGAAGUGGUGUUUUAGAAAAGCCCUAGUGUGCAGUUUGUCCCCAGGCUCCACUGAGGCCAAAUGCCUGCUAAGAUGUGUACAAACAUACACUUCUAGGUUUGGUAGGGAAGCUUGAACAUAAAUAAUGAUGUUUAUUUGAAAAGGCUACAUUUACAUUUCAGUUUUCUGUAUAUAACAGUGAAAUAAAUGUUGUUUUGUUUUCAGUUUUUAAA